AUGACCGUGAAAAUGAAAUCAAGCACCAAGUCUGAAGAGAAAAAAUCUCAAAAAAUUCCGCACAAAAAAGCGGCAACGGCGGCGCUGCCUUCGAGGGCGGCACCCGCCGGCCCCACGACGGCUGAGGCGCCACUACCCACACCGCGACGAACACCGGCUCGUGCCGCCGCCGCGGCUGCCGCAGCCGCCCGCGCAGCGAAACGGGAGCCCAUACCGUUGAAACUAGAACGGGAGUCCAAGUUGUCGCGGAAAAGCAAAGCUACGGCGCAGCGUCGUCCGGACAAAAUAGAGAAGAAAAAGCCCAAGUCACAGAAAGCACCAAAGAGCACCGGAGCCGGGGCCUCCAAACCGAAGAAGAAGGACAAGGGGUCAAAGCUGCCCCACAGCAAGGAAGCAGCAGCAGCAGCAGCAGCAGCAGCACGAACCAGUGGCUCCAGCACUGGCACGGUGGCGCAACCGGCGACGACCGCGGAGGUUGUUAAACCGUAUUUUUCGCGGGGCUGGUGUUCCGUUCAGUAG